GGGAGAGGGCGAAAGUGCCAGUGGGGACAUAAUUGAUUACGUCCUAAUCAAUAUUAACUUGUUAGUCAGUUGUUGCUGCAACUUCUUUGGACCUCGCCAUUUUCAGGGAGGCACAGUUCUCCUUCGGAUUGUCUGUACGUAUUUUUGUGGAAUAAUACUUUCAAGAAGAUAUCCCGGUUUGGAAUUAGGAGGGCUUUUUUUAAUGUUUCUUUUUGCAAGAAGGUUUGCAGCCAUGGCGUGCAUUUGGUGACUGUAAUGUGAAUGUUUCUUCGAUAGGGUUUGAUAUAAUUUGAUAUCUGUGUUUGUUGUUUUCGUUAGCAAUUCAAAAACAUUUUAAAGUUAGCUUGCGUAACGACUAACGCACUGAUAAUGACAUCCAAAGAAGUCGCCGAAUGUGAUGCGGUCGAGAAUAGGAGGCGAAGUCCGUUGGACCAUCUUCCUCCGCCUGCAAACUCGAAUAAGCCACUGACACCGUUCAGUAUCCAAGACAUUCUCAACAAACCCUCCGUGAAACGAAGUUACACCAUUUGUGGGACAGCACACCUGAUUUCGUCGGCUGAGAAGCACCGUUCGUCCAGCAUCUCUGCUCUGGCCAACCGGGCACUGCUCACACAAACCUCACCACUCUGCGCCCUGGAAGAACUAGCCAGCAAAACCUUCAAGGGGCUCGAAGUUAGCGUGCUACAAGCAGCUGAAGGGAGAGACGGAAUGACACUCUUUGGGCAAAGAAACACCCCGAAGAAGCGAAGGAAGUCCAGGACUGCCUUCACCAACCACCAAAUCUACGAAUUAGAGAAAAGAUUCCUGUAUCAGAAAUAUUUGUCACCCGCUGACCGAGACCAAAUCGCCCAACAAUUAGGUCUAACGAACGCCCAAGUCAUCACGUGGUUCCAGAACAGGAGAGCCAAACUAAAGCGAGAUCUGGAAGAGAUGAAGGCCGACGUGGAGUCGGCCAAAACUAUAGGUGACGGUAUUGUACCUCUGGAGAAACUCGCCAAGCUCGCUGACCUCGAGAAAUGCGCCAACGGAACACUCGGACAUCACCCGCGAGCCGAUUCUCCCGCGCAGAGCGGCGGACGAGAGUACGAGCUCGCUCGCAAACUGCGGAUGUCCCCCCUGUCGCCGUUUUCAGACCACACAACAAGUAAAGAAUGCUCAGAGGACGACGAAGACCUAGAAAUUGAUGUGGAUGACUGAUUGCGCAGUGGGAUAAUGAAAUACAAAAAUGACGACAACAAGCAGUAACAAUCCUUACUACGAUUGCAACUUUUCCCUGCUGAUAUUCGUACAUCAUCUCAGAACAUUUACUAGUCUGUUGUGACUUUUGUAUCGGCACACAGAUAUUCACAGUAAGCAUGAACAGUACAACAAAUAGCAUAUGCAGUGCUAUAUCCAUUUGUAUUCAUCAGCAGUCGGACAUUUUCCUCUUCAAAUGUCAAUG